AUGCAGACCAAAUCGCUGUUCCUGCUGGCCACCCUGGCCAUGUCGGUGGCCGCAAAGGCUGAUCGCCCUCGCAUCUACUACCCCCACAAGAUCAAGCGCGACUUGGGAGGUUCCAACUCAACCAUCCCCUCUAGCUCAACGACGACGUCGUCGGACUUUGAUGGCAUUCCUGGCCUCUUUGGGCAUCAUCAUCAUCGCACCACCACGAGCUCUUCCACCACGAGCUCUUCUACCGACGUCACUUCUACCGGCAGCUCUUCUACCGACGUCUCUUCCACCAGCAGCUCUUCUAGCGAUGUCUCUUCCACCAGCAGCUCGUCGAGCAGUGUAUCGUCGAGCUCGAGCAGCUCUUCCGAGACCUCCUCUUCGAUCCAGGGCAGUGUGACGACCAUUGUUACGAGGAAAACAGUCAUCGUUACGCCUACUCCCGAAGGCACCGGCAGCAGCAGCUCGCCCACCCCUUUCAAGCCUACUAGAAGUAGCACCCAGUCCGAAACGGCACCAUCAGGAACCUCCAGCCAAGCUUCCUCUUCUCAGGGUUCUUCCACCUCUGCUCCUGCCGGAACUAGCUCUUCUGAUGCGCCAUCGUCCUCCUCGAGCAGCGAUGGGCUGGGCCUUAGCAUUGGCCUCAGCCUCCCCCUUGGAGGCAAAACGUCCUCUACGACUUCUUCUGCUGCUACCUCUGCCGAGACGACACCUCCUCAGACGACCUCUUCUGACAGCAGUGCUCAGUCCUCUUCCCGUGCCACGUCUAGCAAGGCCAGUGAGACUGGAAUCGUGAUUGAUCCCACUGGCGUCCGCUUCCCUUCGACCACCGCUCCGGCUGAAACUGGGUCUUCCAGCGCUGCCUCUUCCACCAGCAGCGGUGUUCCCGAUAGCAGCUCUUCAGGCAACUCCACCAUCGAAAAUGUCAGUUCCACCUCUGCGAAGCCGUCUUCCACUGGUGGUGGUCUUUUGGAUCCCAUCAAGUCCAUCCUGGAUCCAACAAAGACCUCUGCCACCUCCGCUGCCGAGACGACGGGACCUGCUUCCGAAACUUCUUCUGGCCUGCCAGUCCAGUCAUCUCCCGCUGGCACCGGAUCUACUACGUCUGCUCAGAAGACCACCUCUUCGGAUGGAGGCAUUCUUCCUAGCUUGUCCCUGCCCUUGACGCUGCCACCGGUGAUUCCUACUGGAACCUCAUCGUCUCCCGCCUCUAGCUCUGCUCCGGCGACAUCCCAGGAUGGAGCCAACACGACUUCCUCCGCAGGGCCCUCGACUACUCCUAGUCUCAGCAUCCCGCUCUCGAUCUCGAUCCCCACCAUCCCGGUCUCAGUUACUAACUCGGCCACCUCCGCUACGAGCUCUGACGGUUCUGUCGCCAACUCCACCAGCACUGAGCCUCCCGUUACUGGUUCUGCGACUGUUACUGGCCCUCCGGGAGGCACCUCAAGCGCCCCCACCAGCUCAGUGACAGGUUCCCCCGUCGGCAACAGCACCAGCGCCGAGCCAACUGGCCCGAUUACUUCUUCGCCUACCGCCUCAGUUACUGGCUCAGCUACUGGCUCAGUCACCGGCCCAGCCACUGCCUCGGGUACCGCCUCUUCCUCUGCGGUCGAGACCGGUGUCUCGGGCAACAACACGGAGACCUCUGCUCCCGCGACCCAAUCGUCGACCCCGGCAACAUCAGGUGCUGGUGCUACUGCGACCGGCGGUUCGUCAUCCACACUGGUGACUGUCUCGAAAUCUUCCACCCCGGUUGUCACUAUCCCUGUUGUCCCGACGUCAACCGCUGAACCCGUCACGAGCAUUCGACCUACUGCCACCUUGACGAACACCGCCGACUGGCUGCCAACAACCAUUGUCAUUGAGCCUACCACAAUGGUCUUCACCCCGGUUACUUCCUCCGAGACUGCCUCUGCCUCAACAGCACUGCCAACCAAUGUUCCCAAGAUCAUCUACCCCGAUGAUCCCAACACCCCCGCUGCUGAAGGCACUGUCCCGAUCCAGGUUGGAUUCCUGUAUCCUCUUAACUACUUGUUCGUUGCCGGCAACACCGUCGCCGCCGCUCAGAUCUUCAAGUACCUUCCCCAAGCUCUCGCCAACGCUGCCGGCAUCGAUGUGGAGAAGGUUCAGGUUGCCAAGCUUGUUCCUUACGACACCCGAACUCAGUGGGGUUACAUUACCACUCUUGCCAAGAUCAACUACCCCCAGAACCUGAUUGACAAGCUUCAGCUGGACAUGUCGGUUGCCAACUCUCUCAUCUACAACAACCCCGACCCCAUUGUCCGCAACCUGACCGCCCUGAUCAACCCCAAGAUUAACAUCUUUGGCCAAGUUACCGGCGGUGGUUCUACCGAUGGCAGUGAUGGCAGCGGCAGCGGCAGCGGUGGCAACGGUCCUGCCCCUGGCUCCAGCAACAACGACGCCUUUGGCACCAGCAGCACCGAUAGCCAGACCUCUAAGCAAAAGGCCACCACCGCCGGUAUUGCCGUCGGUGCCGUCGGCCUGGGUGCUCUGUAUGGUGGUGCCAUGUUCAUCAUUGCUCGUCGUUACAAGCGCAAGAAGCAGGCUCACCGCCGCAGCAGCUCCCUUGAUGGCAGCCAGCGUUCCUCUGGCAUGCAGUAUGCUGGCAACGGAAGCCCUGCCCUCAUGGGCGGUGCUCUGAUGAGCCGCGACAUGUCCAGCUAUGGUGGAACCGGAAUUCGCAACAGCCACAACAGCGGAACGAGCUCUGCUCGCACUGCCAACAUCUCCGCUCCUGUUGCGGCUGAGAAUUCCCUUGGCUGGAACUGA